UGCUUAUGCCUUCUCUGUUAUCAGGGAAUGGUUGCUGGCAACUUGAAAGCACUGACGCGCAGCGUCAAGGUUUUGCAUCUCACAUCUAGUGGCCCUAAUCUUGAUGCAGCUAUAGUCUUCCUCAAAAUAUUUCCUUGCUUGGAGAAGCUCUACAUCACGUCAUGUCCAGGAAAUGAUAUGGAGAAUGUGCAUCAUCUUCAACCACAAGAUCCUAUUGAAUGCCCCGAUCAUCUCAGAGAAGUUGAGUUGAAGUUCUAUGUUGGCAGCAGAUCAGAUGUCAAUUUUGCCAAGUUCUUUCUCCUGAAUGGUAAAGUGCUCGAGUUAGUGAGAUUUGGUGUCAAGGACCAAUAUACUUAGGCAUGGGUAGCUGAUCAACACAGUCAGCUACAUGUUGAUAGCAGGUCUUCUCCAAAUGCUCAACUUGAAUUUACAGCUGCUGAUGGUGACAACCUUUUGACCAUUUUCUGUUCUUGACGGAUCCCUCCAGUGACCUUGUGGACAUUGUGGACAAGGUUGACUAGAUUGUCGUGCCCCUUCAGAU